AGGAAGAAGAAUUUAAGGGCGUGAAUGAGUUCUCUGUAUGCUUGAAUAUUUUCAUCCACCAGGUUUCGACGCGCGAUCAAGAGACGAACCCGAAGCCGGGCUAGUUGAUGGUGGACGAUCAGAGAGUGAAGUUGUGCCUGUGGAGGAUUUUGUGAAUCUGGUGGCUCAUAUGGUUCAAUGAUCAAUGAAAUUUGUCCCUUCUGUUGCUGAGAAAUUAGUGAUUGUGUUUUUAAUGCAAAUGCUUUGGCGGGAAAAUUGAUCAAGUGCCUUGAGGUUUAUUUUUUUGGGGGGACAAAAGAAGUGAGUCAGAAAUCAUGGACUAGAACUUUUGCCCUGUUCAGGAAGUUUGUUAUUUAAUUAGUGGGUGUGUUCAAAGUGGAAGAAGUGAUAAGAGAUAUUGACUCUUUGCCUUCGAGCACUAAGCAAAACUAACUCAGUAUCAGUUGAUAAAGAAACUCAAAAGUGACGAUUUGUAAGAUACUCUAGUCAUAUCUUUUUGAAAUUUCGAUUGAAAAAGUGCGUGUGAAUGGAAAUGGGGUUGGAAAAUUGCGCCUAAAAUGGUCAAAGUUGCUGAAGACCAGUUUUAAAUGAUUGCCAGAUUGAGCUUCAUUCAGUCAUGCUGUAUUUCAGAUUGCUGCUUCUGCCCCUGAUCCUCCAGGCAGAGGUCAGAGCAGGGAGUCAGGAUGUGGAGGAUGCGCCACAGGUGAACAGAACACAGUGUUCUGGUGGGGAUUGUAUUCAGACACCCGUGAUGAUCUCGGCUGAAUCUGUGGAGCCGCCGGGAGUUUCUGGAGAUGCAGGAUCAUCGCUCAAGUUUGUCAAUAAAGCUGACAAUAGGAAGCGAAAAGUGGAGAGGAAGUCCAUUGUGAUUGAACCGGGAAAUUUUGGGCAGGAUUGGAAGUGUCCGAAUAUCACGAGGAAUAGGAAUCUUGAGUGUGGCUGUGAUAUGCCUCAUACACUAAGAUGCAGUGGAGAUAUCCAUGGACUGGAGCUGAUAGCACAGGGAUUGAGGGAAGCGGAGUAUUCUGUGUCUCUGCUGGACUGCACCCUCAAGAAUGUCACAUUUCUCAGUGAUGCUCGGAUCUUCGAGAAUGUCUCACUGCAUGGACUCGUAAUCUCUUCGGGGGAGAUCAAGAGGGUGCAUAGAUCGGCUUUUCUGGGACUUAGGGCUCCCUUACAAGCUCUUGGGCUGCCCAAUAAUGCUCUGAUGAGCGUCCCAUGGAACUCCCUGACACCCCUAACAGCCCUCGAUCGCCUGGAUCUCUCCAAUAAUCGCAUCAAAGCUCUGGGAGCGGCUGACUUUGCUACUCUCCAGCGUCUAACCUACCUGGAAUUGAGCGACAAUCAGAUCUCCAGCAUCUCCCAGAGAACUUUUACUGCCCUCAAGCGAUUGGUGACACUAAAGCUCAAUGGGAAUCGCCUGGGAGACUUCCCAACGAGUAUCCAGGCCAUUGGUCAGUGCCUCAAUCUCAGAGAGUUAGAUCUGAAGUCUAACAGCAUUAAAGGACCUCUGACUAAGAAACUCCUACCGGGCUUGUCCCAGCUGGAGGCUCUCAAUCUCGACAAGAACGUCCUGACUAGUGUUCACAAUGGAGCUCUAGAAGGUUUCCCUCGGCUCAUAACUCUCUCCAUGCGACACAAUCAGAUAGACGUCCUGCAAGAUCAUGCCUUCCUCGGUCUCAAUUCCCUCCAAGUCCUAGACUUGGGAUACAAUGGAAUUGUGGCCAUUUCGGGAGCCUCAAUGCUCCAUCUCAAGCGACUGGUUGUCCUUGAUAUGACGCACAAUUUCCUCCGAGCACUUACGGGGGAUCUUAUAGCCCCACUUCCGGGUCUCAAAGAACUGAGACUCGAUGGGAAUGAUAUCUCAAUUGUGGCCAAGAAUGCCCUGGACGGAGCCAAUGAGCUCCACAGUCUCUCUCUCCUGGACAAUCCGCUCUCAUGCGAUUGCACUCUCAAGCCCUUCGCCGAAUGGCUGGGCAGCAGUGUCACCAUUCCUGCCCAUGAUCUCUUGGGUGCAGUUUGCGCCACUCCGCCGCAUCUUGAGGGAGCGCCACUGCUCCAAGUGCCAGUGGAGUCUCUCAGCUGCGAAGCCAGUGAUGGGGAAUUCGACAAUAGCAAUGUCCUGGAUCAGCUGGAGACGCUGUCCAAGCAAAAUGCCAGCUCGCUCAAGGACUUCAGUGAUGUGAUCACUCUAAGAGAAUUAAAGCUGCAGCCGGACUACAGUCUUUCGCUCUCUUGGAAUAUUUUGGUUACUGAUUAUACUUGCGAUGCUAUUUUUGUCUACAAGGAAAGCAACAUCCAUGAGAUCCUCUUGGAUCAUUCGCCGAUUCACUGUGAACACCUCCCAGGCUCCGACGGGAGCGCCGUUUCAGUGACUCUGGCAGAUAGUUCAGCCCUGCAGGUUGGCGACAGUUACCGCUUCUGCCUUGUGUUGCUCAAGGACAAAAAUGGGCAAGCUGAGCUCGUUGUUGGUUGCUCCAACAUCACACGGCUCCUGCCCACAACUCCCCAGCCUACGGAUAUCUCCUCCUUCGAGCGAAUAUCCGCCGGGAAGCUUCCGGAAGCUGAGGAGGAGACCAAUGUUACGAGGGAGGAACAAACGGAGGCCAAAACUCUAGUCGAGAAUCAGACUGUGGCCUUCUUCAACAAUGUCCACAUCAACAAGAGCUUCCUGCCAGGAUUGGCUCUUGGGGUGUUGAUAAUGAGCAUUUGUGUGCUCAUUUGGGGCGCCACGAAGCUCAAACAGAGCCGUCAUGCACCCACAGUGGCCACUUGCUACACAGCUUCCGGAAAUGGGGUUGUGGGCAAUUGCCAGGAUGCUGAGAAUCACAACAAUCGCUACUUCAAACUCCAGGCAACAACGAGUUUAUGAGGAAGAGAUAAAUCGGUCUUCUGUGUACAUACCGAACCUUUUUUUUUGUAGAUAUUUUCACGUGUGAGUGUGUGUUUUUUUUUAAGGAUCACAGGCACUAAGCAACGAAAUUCGGCUUAGAGAAAGUAUUUUGAAGGCAAUGUUUCAA